AUGACCGAGCUGUAUUCACUCAAGGGCAAAAACGUUGUCAUAACCGGGGCAGGAGGGUACAACAUCGGGACUCAGACGGCGAUCCUGUUCGCCAAAAGCGGCGCCUCCACCCUCCUCCUUUCGGACGUAUCGCAGUGCGCCCUAGAUGCGCUCCGCUGCGCACUAGCCCGCAACGGGGCCUUCCCUGACAGCACCUUCAUCUUCCACGCCUGCAACGUGUCGGACGAUGGGUCAAUGGCCGAUCUGUUCAGCCAGCUGGACCCCCUGGGCGGGCCGGACGUAGUGGUCAACAACGCCGGUGUGUUCCCGACGUCGGCGGACGGCGACGCCAUCACCUCGACACGUGCCGCCUGGGAUACCACGUACCUCGUCAACGUCCUCGGCACCUGGCUGGGCCGCCGAUACGCGGUGCUGGCCAUGCGCCGCCACGCCAAGCCGCGCGGCAGCGUGGUCAACCUCGGCUCCGUCGCCGGACCUAUCGGCAGCGCCAUAGCCCAGCUGGCUUACACCUCCAGCAAAGGCGCCGUCGCCGCCAUGACCAGGGAGCUGGCUAUAGUCCACGCCCGGGAGUCCAUCCGCUUCAACUGCCUGUGUCCUGGUCCAGUCAACAGCCCGAUGCUUAACCACUUCCUCGACGGGCCAGGCGACGAGGAGGAGGAGUCGGCGGAGCUUGGAGGUGAACCGAACUCUGGCUCGAAGAGACGAAGGCGUGAGGUGCAUCUUCCCCAAGGUAGGUGGGGUGAUAGCGUUGAGGUCGCCGCGGCGGCGCUUUUUCUGGCCGCUGAUGCCAGCGCCUUUGUGAAUGCGAUUGACUUGGCUGUGGAUGGCGGCUUGACAAAGGCAUUUGUCACUCCAUUAGGACCACCUUCUGCCGCGUUUAUCCCAAACUUUUCUGUUUCGCCAUAG